AACGUUAUUAACGAAAAAAAACGUUUUUUUAAAAAACCAAACGAAUCGUUAUAUAACGAAAACAUAAUUUUUUUUAAAUUGAAAACGAAAACGAAAAACGAAAACGAAAUCAUUUCGUUUUCACAACGCUGCUUUGAAUUUUCGCUUCAUUUUUCGGGUAAUUAUGUUUGCAUGGUUCAAGUUUACUCAUUUACUGUAUUAAUGUUUUAAUUAGCGAUUAGAACUAUUAAUUUGUAGCCCAUUUUGCUUUUUUAAGCGAUUAUUCCUUAAUUCCUGUGAUUAGCUCGUGAACUCCGCAUGAAUUUAUCUCCAUAAAGUGUUCAAAGUAGUACGUUCUAAAAACUGUUGAUUUACCUCGUAAAUACCAAAUAAUUUACCGGUAUUUACGAAAUAUUCUGAAUUUUGCCCAUCAAUAAGUUUUAACUUUUAUCAGGAAAUUAAUUUUACAUAGGUAUUUUACACAUUGUUCUCUUCCAGUCUUUCUCUUGUUCAUUUUUCAUGUAUUUCAAUUAAUUAAUUUCAAUUUUCAUUAAAACGUGUCAUUUUUUUUGGUAAUUCAAUAAUUUAUAACGAAUCAUAUCUUAUUACCGAACACUUGAAUAUGUUUUUGAACGUACUUUAUUUAGCGUAUGCGUAGGUAUGGCAAAUAAAUAUUUCGUUGUAUACAUAUUCUGAAGUGAUUAUAAAUUAAUAUUAAUUGAAGUUGAAGUGCUGAAUUUGCAAGUCUUCGAAAAGAUUUGAUAAUAGUAUAUAAAUUAAAGCUCGAGUGAUAAUUAAUACCUAAGCAUUAAAUUAUCUCAUUCUUAUCGCGUAAAAACAGAUACCUACUAUUUUAAUCCUUCAAAUCUGAAAAAUGUACUGAAGUAGGUAUCAAGUAUGAGCAGAUCAGAUAACUUCAGUAUUGGUUUGUAAUUUCAAUUUUGUUCUAAUCUAACUAUAUAUUGUAGUUGGUGAAGUAGAUGAUUAUUAUUCAUUUAUCAACUUAGCUAUUCAGUUGGCCAAUUAUCCUGUUCGUGCUUGAUUUUUCUUCGCGUAUUGUGAAUAUUUUCGAAGAUGUUUACCGUACUGAGCUCUCGACUGAUGAAAGAUGUUUAUUUGGGAUUGUGUUUCAUGAUGAUAUUCACUUCGAAGAGUGGUUUUUCCAAUGUAAUGAAAGCGGUUACAACGAGUAUUGAAAAAGACGAUCCAUCGUGUCAUUUAGACGGAUAUAUCAUGGGCGGAAUCGGAUACACUGCUUUGUCUGCGGGUAUGUGGUUUUCUCCAGCAAUAGUUGCGGCGAUUGGUCCAAAAUACGCUAUGGUAUUAGGCACAAUUACAUUCGUACUCUUCAUGUUGACCAUGUUAGCUGAGCAAAGUUUUUGGAUAUAUGUCUCAUCGGCGUUGGGCGGUUUUGGAGGAUCAGUUUUGUGGACUGGGCAAGCUACUUAUACCGUAUUGAAUUCGGAAAUAGGUCGAGUGUAUUCGGCAAUCGGUGUGUUUUGGAUACUGUACCAAUCUAGUCAUUUUCUCAGUAAUUUGAUCGUCUACCUCAUGUUCAAUGACGUCCACCGAUCGAUCGACAGAUCGAUGAGGUUACAAUUAGAAUUGAUUCUGUUGGGUUUCAACGUGGUUGGAAUGUUAAUGCUGUUUGGGCUGAGACCACCGUUACGUGCUAAACGAGAAAGCAUCUCUCGGUCGCCGUUUAGCGAAAUUCUGAAAUCGUUCAAGAUUCUGUUCGCUCCGAAAAUGAUGCUUUUAAUCAUAUCUAUGAUUAGCAUGGGUAUCCAUUUCGCAUUUUUAAAUAUCCUCAGCGCUAGUAUGGGAUUUUCUAAAUACUUAUCAGCUAAUUCCAAAGAACUAACUCCACUUUGCGGUCUAGUCCAAGGAAUCGGCGAAGUGCUUGGUGGAGUAUCAUCGAUUGUAAUCGGAGGGAAAACCUGGUUCAAUUUACGAUCUCAGAUGACUUCUGCUGUCUUGUGUAAUGUAUCGAGUUACAUUAUUGUAUUCCUGGCUUUACCGAAUACUGCUCCUCAAACGUAUACAGAUGAUUUACCUAUCUUGAUGUUACCGAUCUGGUUACUCGUAUUCGGUGCAUUUUUAUCCGGUUUCGGAGAUGCAUGUUUGCAAACAGAUAUGUACAACUGCUUAGGAACUAUGUACCCAAAUGAUAGUCCAUCAGCAUUCGCAGCGUUCAAAUUUAUUCGAUUUACUGCAACAGCAUGUGGUUUCUAUUACGGAAAAUAUUUAGGCUUGUACACCCAGCUCAUUAUUUUGAUCGCGAUGAACGUCAUUUCAUGGAUAUUGUAUCACUGUGCUCAAUGGUUUUUGAUCAAUACUGCAUCGAACGAUGAAAUUCAGCCAGAUAACGGUUCCGAUGGACGAACGAUAGAAACUGAAUAGACGUACCUGCCCUUCGGUUAGAACUCGAGUUCAAAUAUUUCGAAACUAUGUUACCAGCUGUCAACUGUCACCGAAGACCAAAGACGCUGAUAUUACCGACGUUACCGUAGUCUAUACAAGCUGACUUUAUCUACGUUGAAAUCAGUAUCAAUGUUAAAUACGUAUAGGUACUAGGAACCUAUUAUGGUUAGAACUUGAAUUCUUCUGUGCUUCACCGAACGAAAGUAUAAAAUAAUGCAGCUUUGUUUCCGAAGUCAUUAUGCAAUGUGUAUUCUAUCUCAAUUAUUUCGGCGAUGUUACCUGAUCGAAGACGACAAUACUGUACGUGAAAUGUAAGUGUCGUAGCUGCAGCUUGCCGAUGAUGAUGAAUUGAGGAGUAAUACCACUAGUACUUGGAAUUUUGUACGCUUCUUUUCAGUUGUGUUGAUGGGUUCAACAGUAUUAUUAUCGAAUGCUUGCGUUGUUCAGUAUUUUUCCAUAAAGACGUGAAGUUCAGUAGUUCACUAUUCAACUUGUUGCAGCUUGACGAUGGUUGUUGAUGAUGAGUAAUAGUACCGGAAAACUUGAACGAUUUUUAGUACCUAUGGAGGCAAAGGCAGAUUCUGAUCUAAGUAUGCACGGAAUUCAGAUGCAGAUCCUAUCUACAUGUGGUAUCGUCAGCUCCAGAAUACAUUCACAUCCAGCUUCGAACGUGUAACGUCUCGUGUAUGUAAUUUUUGUUAACUGUAUAUCUCUCGCCUCCCCCCUCCCCCGCGUGACCAGUUUCAAUUUUACGCGAUCAGCUUUUGUUCCGAUUUUAUUCAGCAGAACCAAAACUUUAUUGAGCUUUGAGAAGCUCUUUUAUUUGUAUAUACAUAAUUGGUGUUUGUAAAUGGAACUUGACGCUCCCCCUCUACUUUUAUCGCAGCACUUGGCACGCUGGCCUAUGAAAUUUACAUACGAUGUAGACGCAAUACGGCGCAGAAUAAUUAUUUGAGCAGUACUCAAGACGCUAUUUUUGUCACUUGCGAAUUUUUUGAAUGGUCACAUGUACAUAUAUGCUCAGUUGCUCUCACUGGCCUACUUUUGAACGCAUACGAUAUUUUAUGAAUGCGAAUUUGUAAAUGUGAUUAUGCCCCUAUACCUGAUAUUUGGCGAUUGAAAAUGAUUCUAUUGAAAAAGCUCUAGAUUAUUCCCUAAAGAUGGAAUAGUUCUGUAUUGAGAACUUGCUUUAACGUUCGUUGCUUUGUUUAUGCAGUACUUACUUACUUAUACUGCUAUACUUAUCGAUUUUAUGGAUUAUUUGCAUGGAUAUAAUUUGACGUUUUAUUUUCGACGAGCUAUUUUUUUUUUCAAUUGAUGGAUGAAUAUCGUCGACGUAUUAUGGAAGAAGUUUUUGAAGCUCGACAUAUGUAUUUUUACGUUUAAUUUUAGCACUUUUACGACGCAAUACUGACUCAGGACAACAUUCGCAGUACCAGAACUUUUUUUCUGAUUCGAAAACGAUGAUUUUUUGAACCCCCCUCCUCCUUCCCAUCACUAUUUUGGCAUUCGAAGUUUUUUUUUUUCAAAUUUCCGGCGGUAAAAUUUCAUCUUCUCUUUAUUUUAGACAGUGGUAUGUCGUUCUUUGAGAGGUAUUCACGACCAGCGACUACGAAUUGUUCGCAGAUAUCGCAUAUGAACCGGUCGUUGCAGGUGGUGGCGAUUGUUUCCUGUGAUAUUUGGGACGUUUGUAGAGGACGUAUCCUUGAAUCGUUGGUCUGAAAAAAUAACCUCUCGAUGAUCGGCCACCUCAUUCCCCUUGUAGUUUUUGUGUGAAAGUCGUAUUAUUCGAAGAGUAUUCGCAAAUUGACGACUGCGAAUGGCGCGAAUUUCAUUGCGAACCAAUUCCCAGGUCGGUGAAUCGGUUCGCGUGGCUUUUGCAACACUCGUAGAAAGGCAUUGUCGGUUUCGGAAAAAUAACUCUUCGGUAAUUGCGGCUCCCCUUGGGCUCUUUUUUCAGUUUCGGGUUAAUCGAGGUCGUAUCAUUCGAGGAGUAUUCGAGCUAUACGACUGCGAAGUGUGCUCGAAUGUCAUUUGAACUUGUCCCUGAGGGUGAUCGAUUCGUAUGACGUUUGUUGUGGCAUUUUGUAGAAAAGGUGAAUCGUUGGUUUGGAAAUAUGACUCCUCGGUGAUUGGCUUUCUCCUUGUGCUCUCUCGCCUCCCCCCUCCCCGUCUCCUUGGUUCAAAAAAUAAUGUACUUUUUGGGGAAGUUGAAGUUGUAGGGAUUGAUGCUAAGGGCAAUCCUAUGAAAGUUUGAUGAGUUAGGUGAUGCUUUUCUCUAGUCUUUGGGGUUUUCCGAGUAUAGAGUAGGGAUAUAGAAGAUUAUGUUUUUUCAACUAUCUUUCUCUAUAAAGGCGAUAGGGUGAAUAUUAGUUGGGAUGUUAUUUUAGGAUAGGAAUGCAAUAAUUAUUCAUUUCAAACAAUUAUUUUUGGCUUUAGUUUUUCGAGACUUCGAUCAAAUCAAUAUGAUGUUUUUUUUUUUGAAAAUUGGAUAGGUACAAGAAUAUUUUGGAUCAAAAUUGGAGAAAUACAUCGAUGUAUUUAUUUGGCUAUUUUCAAAAUUUGUCGUAUAAGUUGAGCGCCGAUGUUGGUAUCUGGUCAACCUGGAGACCUCACAACAUCGGAAGAGACCCGGAGGGUUUUGCGAUGCCUACUGCGAUCGUCCCCGGCAUCCGGGAUCCCAAGGCGGCAUGGUAGGGUCGCAUUAAACGAAGGGUACACAGGGAUGGUAGAUCUUACACGUUUAACUAGAUAUCUAACAUUGUUCGAGUCGCAGGUCGAAAGGUCUUUUCAUCGUCAGUGGUGUUCUUUGGUACCUCGUGUACGACUUUUUCCUUCAAAGACAUACUCGACGUGUGAUUUUUGGAGCGAACGAGUCGUAUACGAGUUAUCCGAGGCGUCGCUGGGCGAUUUGUGGUGCGUGAAAAGUGCGUGUGUCGAAGCUGUAGGGUCUGUCCCAGGCGAUAGCGAGGCCGUGAAAACGGAGCAGUUUGGUUAGCAUGCUAAAUUUAGUCGCAACCGCAGGCCGACAUCGACAGGCUGAACGUUGUGCAAAGUCUUUCGUGUCUGGAAGCUGGCAUCUGCUGCGCCGUGUAGGAGGUGCGUGUGAAGUGUGCGCGAAGUUGGCGAAAGCUUCAAAAUAGGCAUAUGGGGUAAGAUUCGAGACAAGUCCGCAAGAACGGUACACUUGGUACAUAGGGGGCUUGCUCGGCGCCUCAAUAUUGGUACGGGCCAGAGGUUGGUGCGUACGGCCCUCCGAGUCGACCGAGCUCGGACUGCCCUUGUAGCCGUCCUAGGCGAGGUUAGGGUAGAAAUCCGUGCGCCGUCUACUUGCUUACUGCUUCCCGGCGGUACACGUGCCGACCGGGGUUUUUACAGGAUCGGCUUAUCAAAGAGGAUGUAGGCUGGCGCCUUUCAGGCGGUCUGUUAUCACACUUCGUACGAGUGUAACUUUUAUUCCUACGCUGAGGUCAGCGUGUUGUAAAUUUUACACUCGUACGAAGUUAUAACACUGACCUGUCUGCGGGGUCAGCUAUAUACCUUGCCUUGAGGAUAAGUUCAGCCUAUCCCGCAGUGUUGGCGCUUUGGUCGAAUGCCCGUGAAACUCAUGAAGCAUUCAACAGCACUGCCCGUGGUGAGUGUAUAGGGAAUUUGAGAUACUGUUCCGGAGAGUUGGGCCCGACAAAGGGUUCGAUUGUCUGGACUGUUGAGAGUGCGCGAAGAGCGGGUGUCGAUCUGGAUUUUUAUGCUUUGUUAGAAUCUAGUUAAAGGUGUAAGGUUUUUCCGUCAUCGUAAUAUGUGGGAGAAUAUUUGAAAAAUUGAUUUAUUAAAAUAUGAUUAGCAUCGAACUUUCUAUAGGAAUGUGGUUUAGUCAUCAUUGGUCGGAUGGGAGAUGACUGGGGUUCGAUUUUAUUGGUACUGUGCGAAGAGUCAGUGGUACAGGUGAGUCGUUAUUUAAUUACUUAUUAAUUAAGAUAAGCUUAUUUGCGUCAAAUUUGAGAUAUGAGACAAGUGACGAGCGAAAUUGUCGAGCAUUCACACUAUUUUACAAUGAAAUUUGUCGAGAAAUUGAAAUUAGGACCCCCCCCCCACCCCCUUUACUUUUUAUGUAUAUCAUGUUUAUAUUGUAUCAUUUCUGUUUGUGUAAUUUUUUUUUUUUUUGAAAAUUUGUAUCGUAUCACAUGUUAUUAUUACCUAUUCGUGUAUUUUUGUAAUGACCAAUCAUGGUUUUUCACUGUCGAGCGGCCGGCAGUGUUUUUUAUUCCAGAUUGGUCAACGUGUUGUAGAAUUAAGUUUGUAUUGAUUUCUUUGCCGUUGAAAAAAUUGAAACGAUUUUCGUUU